AUGAAAAAAUCAAAAGGAAUAACCCCCAAUGCAGCUGUACAAUCAUUAAAAGAGACUUUGAAAAAGGAACAUUAUUCGCGAGUUCAAUGGCAAAAUCAGUAUGGAGGAAAGUUUCAAAAGCUGCCCGAAGAAGCAGAUUUAGAACACUCCUCUCGGAGAGAAUAUGUCACUAGCAGAAUGAAAGAGGCCUCAAAGCAACCUCGAAGAUUGCAUGUGGAGAUUGAUGAGGACGAGUUGGACCAUGAUUCUUCGGAGGAAUAUGACACAAAUGAUCCAAAUUUGUUCAGUGGAUACAGUUCCAGGUUUUGUGGGUUUCAUUCUCCAUGUGAAUCGAAUUUUGCCACCACGACUAGUUUAGAGCAGUCCAAAAAACCAAUAGAGCUUGACAAUAAGGAUAACUUUAGAAAGAAGCACUGGUUAAAACACUACUUUGAGGAGAGUGCUAAAAUGCAAAAUCUAUUCAAGAGCGCGUCUGGUCCAGGAGAUAAAGCUGCCUCUAAUGUCAAGAAAUAG